AUCGACUAUCCGUUAGUUGUAGCCGAACCAUCCAGUCAUACGCUGGGUGCGCGGCAGUGGGAUUCCCCCCACCAUUCGCCUUACUCCAUCCACAAUAUGACUCCUCUUGCCCAUUAGCAGAGGCCACCCAGCAGCCGUCUCGCGUGCGCCCCGUCACACAACAUGUCGCACCCGCACCAAUGUGUGAGUCGCACUUGCCACACCCCCGCCUCUCAGGCGUGCCUUCCCCACCCGGAUCUGGCUAGGCAACAACAUGCAAGCACACCUACGGUGGUGUACUGCAACACUGGGUCGAAUAUAUAUGUUGUUGGAUGCGAUGUGUUGAAAUUGGCAAUUCAAUCAUGGCUCAACCACAACCACCUUUUGAUAAUGCUCCGACGAAGCCGACUUGGAAGGAGAGACAGGCGAGGAUCGAUGCCACCCUUGGGAUUACCUCGACGACAAGACCGAGUUGGGAGAACGUGGCUGCGGCGCCGGCAGCUGGGAUUGAGGCUACGCCCAAAGAGCCUGCUGGGCCUGCGGGAAGCCUGGCGAGUAUACACAAUCUGUAUGCAGAUCCGUCUUUGCCGAAUAAGUGGACAACGGCAUAUCCCACCCGUGCUAGUCCGCCGGCGGAAGAUGCCUACUCCCUCCAGCACGCUCUCGUUGCGCGCUACAAGCUCUCGGAUGACCCUAACAAGACCUUGGACCUGCACUCCAUCGUAGUGCAGAGCCCGCUCCUCAAGAAAAGUCUUGGGAAAGUGCUGGAUGGAUACCCUGGCAUCACAAUCGAGCUCCAGCGCGUCGAGUUCACUGCGCCAUUCGAGUGUUUCGUGCACCGUUGGGACCGCCUUCAAGCCGAACGCGUGGCUCUUGCUCGCAAAAACAAGAACGCGGCGCCGGUCACGGCGCAGGUGGCGAAAGAUGCGGUGGCUCAUCUGGAGGUCCUGUGCGAGACGCUGGAAAGCGAACUCGCAGGUCUGAUUCGCGAGAAGGACGAUCUGAUUGCCCAUGGCGUGAUGCGGUUCGAGAACCUGUGGACGCUUUUCGAGCCCGGGUGUCUUGUGUACCGAAAGCGCGACGGGCAUGACCGUGUGUAUAAGCUUAAAAGCGCGAAGAUUGAGAAUGCGUCUUCGGGGCGGGUGUAUAAUCUUGAAUGCCAGUAUGUUGACUUUGACGGCACGAACUUUGGGUACAACAAGGAGACCAUCAUCAUUAAGGACUUCAAAGGGACGAAGAAGAUUGCCAAGUUCGAGGCAUAUCCGCUAGAAUUUGUGGAAGGUGUGGAGGCGCUCAAAGCCAGGUUGAUGGAGAGAGGCGCCAUGUUCGAGGCGUACAAGGAGUACCGCUUCGUUGCGUACAACGGCAUUGCGAUGGGCAAGGUCAACCGUGGAGAGCAAAGGUUCAACGUCAAGAGCCGCAUCAUCAUCGACGCGCAUUCAUUUUCGCGCUACGGGACAAAGCCCAGCUUGGAGUUGUUCGAGACCCCUGAAGUCGUUCACGACAUCGCGGGCCCAGCGAGCCCCGACGAUACCGACGACGAUUGCGUCAUGCUCGACGAAAACGUGGGCAAGAAGCCAGAGCCCGUGCCGGUUGGGAUAAAACCCGCACCCAGCACCGAUUGUGUCCUCACGGCCGAGCAGCACCUUGUGGCUUCCGCCACCGUUCGGGGGUACUCCCUGCGCGACAAAAAGUGGUGCAGUUUCUUCAUCGACAGUAUCUGCGACAUCGUCUGGAACCUCGACGCAUUCGCCUCGCUCGUCGCGCCCCAGGAGCAAAAAGACCUUAUCCUCUCCUUUGCAGAAAGCCAGGUUAAGUCGCGCGAUGACUUUGAUGACUUCAUCCAGGGCAAGGGGCAGGGCAUUAUCAUGCUGCUGGCGGGCCCGCCGGGGGUAGGGAAGACACUGACAGCGGAGAGCGUCGCGGAGGCGAUGAAAGCCCCGCUGUACAGCAUCGGGGCUGCAGAUCUGGGCAGUAAGCCUGCAGCGCUGGAGAACAAGCUGCACGACAUCCUCGAGAUGUGCUCCAAGUGGAAUGCCGUCCUCCUCAUCGACGAAGCCGACGUCUUCAUGGAAGCCCGCUCCACCGCCGACCUCGAGCGCAACAAGCUCGUCUCCAUCUUCCUGCGCCUGCUCGAAUACUUCUCCGGCAUCAUGUUCCUGACGACCAACCGCCUCGAAAACAUGGACGCCGCCUUCGAAUCGCGCAUCCACCUCACCCUGAACUACGCCGACCUCGACAAGCCCUCUCGCAAACACGUCUGGACUACCUUCCUUUCCACCCACGCCCGCGCUAAGAAUGCGAACGUGGCCUUGGGCGGGUUCAGCGAUGCGGAGUUGGAGAGGUUGAGUAAAGAGAAAUUGAAUGGGAGGCAGAUUAAGAACGUGGUCAAGACGGCCAUGCUGUUGGCGAGUAGGUAUGAUGAGUGUCUGGGCAUGGGGCAUCUGGAGACGGUGUUGCGGCUGAGGAAGAUGAACGAGAGGAAGACGGUGGGGUUUUUUGGCGGCGGGGAGUAGAAGAGAUAGUUGGAUGUCUCCCUUGGUCACAUAGAUACUCCGACUUCUCUCAUCUUCGCGAAGGAGCCCUGGUAGUGUGCGCAAUGUAGCAAGGCUU